AUGUGCAUAGCGGUGAAAGACGAGCACUGCGACAUCCGGGAGUGGAUCCUGUACCAUGCCUCCAUCGGCGCCGGCAAGUUUUACCUGUUCGACACGGAAUCAAGCCCCCCCAUGCGGCGAGUGCUGGAGGACCUCAUUGAUGCCGGGCUGGUGGAGUAUGAGUUCAUGACCAACAAGUCGCUGCCUGGCUACCCCAACUUCCGCGUCGCCCCUGGCAACUCCCUCAACUGGCAGAGCCCGGUGUUCAGGACGUGCCUGAAGCGCUACAGGCGCCGGCACCGCUGGAUGGCCUUCAUCGACGCUGAUGAAUUCAUUGUGCUGAAAGACGGCGUCUCCUCCCUGCCCGACCUGCUCAAGCGUCAUGAGUCGCAUCCCGGGCUGGUGCUGCACUGGCGCUUCUUCUCGUUCAACGGCCACAUAGACCGCCCGCGACAGGGGGUUUCUUUCGACCAGGCGGUGCUGCAGCAUUACGGCACCAAGAGCCUCUUUGAUUUUUCACUCAAGAUGAAGCGGCGUGGUGGCGCGGGCGGCCAGAAAACGUUAGAAUACUUCCUGCAGUGGCACCGCGCGUGCAAUGAGAGCUGCACAGAGGCAGUGCCACUAGGGCAGCAGCUGGCUGAGCGGUAUGAUCUGACGAAGGGCGUGCCGUCUAGUUGCAUGGCAGCGGUAUCACGCAAGCCUCCAUAG